AAAGUUCCACGCAAACGCCAUCUUGCGCGGUACUAGUAUAGCCAGAAAAUAUGGCGGCCUGCACGGUUGAGGAAAGAUGUUCCGAGAUAGUUUCAAAUAUUACAAGAGCCGAAAUCCCGCACCAGAUCUCGACGACGUGAUCGAUCUCGAGAAUCCAGAUUGCAUCCGAGUUAGAAGGAUCGAACCACAUGUAACUGGCGAGCAGAUUGAGGAGAAUUUCGGUCUCAAAUCAGUGAGGAAAUGGAGCAUUUACGAGAUACUGGAUAUUCCUGGACUUAUCUUUAUUCAGAAUCCAUUUACACCCAAUGGUCAACGAUACUGGAUCACGAAAUGUCUGAAAGACUACUCUAAGGAACCAUACAAAUUAAACAUAGACGCUCACAACAUUUUAAAAAAUGAAACAUGGUGGGACAUAUGUUUUCAAAUGGAAAAGGCUAAAACUCUCUUACCGAAGCUGCGAUGGGCGACGCUGGGCUAUCACCACAAUUGGGACACGAAAUUAUAUUCCGAAAAUUCGAAAAGUGACAUGCCAACAGAAUUAUCUGGCCUAACGUCUGUUUUGGCGACAACAUUAGGUUUCUCGGACUUCAAAGCGGAAGCUGCGAUUGUGAAUUACUAUCGGAUGAACUCUACUCUAGCGGGGCAUACGGAUCAUUCGGAGAUGAACGUUACUGCGCCACUUUUCUCCAUAAGUUUUGGGCAGACAGCGGUGUUUUUGAUCGGUGGUCUUAAACAGGAAGAUUCGGCUAACGCUCUCUUUUUACGGAGUGGAGACGUAGUUAUAAUGUCGGGGAGUUCUCGUCUGAGGUAUCACGGAGUGCCGCGAAUUUUACCAACGUCCAAAGCACCCUGGGACGAUUGUGAGGAUAAUUGCGAAAGUCCCACGUACAAUCUGGAUGAUUGGCGCAAAGCGCAAACUUAUAUUACCGAAGCUAGAAUUAAUAUGAAUGUAAGACAGGUUUUGAAACCUGGACAGAUUGUACUAUAUUGAGCUGCAAUGUAUUUUUUGUACAUAAGUAUUAAAGAUAUUUAUUUUGACAGAAAAGAAA